AUGGGCAUCUCCACGGAGGAUGUCUGGACCUUCUUCAUGCUCGUCGACUUCGAUGGGAACGGACUUCUCGAUCUCGAUGAGUUUGUCAGCGGAUGCAUGCAGUUGAACGGGCCUGCACGGAGCAUUCAACUCGCCAAGAUGAGCUACGAGAACAAGGUGUCACGGAAAGAAAUUCGAGGCAUCGCCGAGGAGCUAAGGCAGCUGUCCGAGCAGGUGCAAGCAGCAGGCGUUUCUCUUCAGGAGCCUCCGAAAGUCGAGAGCAAAUGUCGCGUCACCAGCGAAGUUUUCUGA